CCUUUAAAACAUAAAAUGAAAGAAGAAACUCUUUCUUUAAAUAAAUCACUUUUAUUCACCAUGUCUAUGUCAUAUGUUUUCUAUUGUCUUGCCUAUACUAAUCAGUAAAGGUUACGUACACGUUUGCUUUCCAUAUGACCACAGCCCUCCAUGAAGCCCCAGUGACACCAAACUAGAACUCCCCAGUAGGCUAAGUGGAAACCCCUGAAGCCUUCUGGACCGGGACUCCACGAGCAUUGUGGGAAAUGUAGUCUCGGGUGGAUUUCCCCUGGGAACGCUGGGGAAGCUGGGUAGGUCACUACUUCCGCACACGCGCAGUGGGGACUUCAGGAAUCGUCUGCGUCCCUCCACUUGUUUCAAUUCUGAGCGCAGGUGACCCAAGAGGGCUUGAGGCACAGUUGGGGAGCAGAAACCGGUUUGUCCGCUCAUGCGAAGGAAGUAAAAUUGGAACAGUUAAGAGGAAAGAGGUUAAUCCGAGGAAGAUGCUCUCCUGACCUGUGAAUUUCACCUCGUUUCAGGAGAGUGGUGCUCACUACAGUUCGAAGAUGAAUGUACUAUUCCAGGGAUCAGUGACAUUCCAGGAUGUGGCCAUGGACUUCACCCUGGAGGAGUGGCAGCUGCUGGGAUGUGCUCAGAGGAAGCUGUAUUGGGAUGUGAUGCUGGAGAACUUUAGAAACUGUAUCUCAGUGGGGUGUCCAGACACCAAGACAAAAGUGAUCUUCAAGGUGGAGCAAGGACAGGAGCCAUGGAUGGUGGAGGGAGAGAACCCACGUUGGCGCACUCCCGAAGGUAUCUGCUUACUUGAUGAUGAGCUAGAGAGACAGGAAGGAAGCAAAGACAGUUUUUGGAACCAUGAUAUGUUCACCUUCAAGAAAACACUGACCAAUGAGACAGUCCAGAAUUGUAAUCUGAGUAUCAAAUUUAUUUCUUCAAGACAAAAACACCAUAAAUGUGAGUCAAAUGGAAAGAGUUUGCAACCUAAUUUACACUUCCUUAAUUAUAGUAAAAGUUAUACUAGCAAAAACCCUUAUGAAUACAAGGAAUGUGGAAGAGCCGUCAAAAACAAGUGGUGUCUCAUUAGACAUGAAAAAAAGCAUGCAAGGAAAAAAACCUUUGGGUGCAAUGACUGUGGGAAAGCCUUCCAAAAGAAGUCUUGUCUCAUUAGACAUGAAAAAAAGCACUCAAGGGAAAUAAAAACCUUUGAAUGCAAUGACUGUGGGAAAGCCGUUAACAGUAAGAGACACCUUACAGCUCAUCAAAAAAUUCAUAGUGGAGAGAGACCCUUUGUGUGCAGUGAUUGUGGGAAAGCAUUUACACGUAAAGCACAACUGGUGGUCCACCAGCGACUCCAUACUGGAGAGAAGCCUUAUGAAUGCGGUCAGUGUGGGAAAUCAUUCACUUGGCACUCCUCCUUUGCACAACACGUGAAAUCUCACACACCCGAGAACUCAUUUGAAUGUAAGGAAUGUGGGAAAACCUUUAAGUACAGUUCAUCCCUUUAUAAACACUCCAGAAUUCAUACAGGAGAGAAACCGCACCGAUGCAGAGAGUGUGGCAAAGCCUUUGCAGACUCCUCAGUGCUGGUCAUGCAUCAGAGGAUUCACACAGGUGAGAAACCCCGUGGGUGCACUGAGUGUGGCAAAGCCUUCAUCAAGAAGUCACAUCUCCUGAAACAUUACUUAACUCACAGCAGGGCAACAAAAUAAAUGUAACACACAUGGGAAAUCUUUUAACCAGAAGACACAUCUCACCCUCCAUCAAAGAAGUCAUAAAAACAAAGAAGCUUUGUAAGUGUGGGGACACUUAAAAUUUAGCCUUUUAAUAAAGCAGCAAAGAAUUCAUCAUGAGAAAAACCCUAUCAGUUGAAUAAGUGUGGGAAAGUGUGUCCUGAAAUUCAUAUUCUGUAAGUGAUAUUACUGAUUUUAUUGAAAAGAUUACAGAAAAUUUUGAGCCAUAGACAACUUUACAGUAAAGCUGAGGAAGUUGUGAAAAAAAAUGAGUAAUUAAGGCACCAGAGCAGUAUAAUUGCAUAUAUACACUGCCCUCAACUUACGAUUUUUUACACAAAUAAUACAAAUGUCUGCAUUGCUUAAGAAAUUUUUAUAACCGUAGGUUUGAAAUAUGUGCUGUGCACAUUAUACAAAAUUAUAUAUGAUGAUGGUUGCACAACAUUGUGAACAUACUUAAUGCCAAUGAAUCGUACUCUGAAAAAUGGUUUAAAUAGUAAAUUUUAUGUUACGUAUAUUUUACUAUGAUAAAAAUAUGUAAGUAAACUUAAACCGCUUCCAAAAUUAUAUCUAUUAAAAUCUCUGGUAAACCCCUUCGCUAUCUCUUCAAAGCCUAAAAUCGUCAUAUCCAGAAUUGCCAAUUAUAAGUGAAAUAAUAGGGCUCAUGAUUUAGAGUAAAGGUCAGUGCUACGAACUUGAUCUCUAACCAUUUCGUGGCACCUAUGAAUAGUUGUGGCAGUUGUUCACUGAGACUUCUUGAGCCACCUCUUAGAUAGUAAUCAGGGACAGUUAAGAAGUCUACUGGUCUGCUCACCUGAGACUAUCUCGUAAUAGGUUCUGUGCAAAACGUGUGUGUGUGUGUGUGUUUAAUCCUGGUUGACCAGACAACAGCUGUGUUUUGUAUUACUCCAAGCACUUAGUACAGAGAAGGAGGCAUCCUGCAGGUAAACAGCCUUAAGUAAAAGCCAUCCCAUUUCACUGACGCAGCUCCGUAAGUAGAAGUCAGCCUAGCUCAAGCAGCAUAGAACUGGGGUUCUUAGUUUAGAAAAAUUAGGUGUCAUGAUGCUUUGUGAGGCUUCUGGGAAAAAAAAAUCAAUUAUUACCUUUUAGUUUUAGAAAUUGUCUCAGAGAUAUCUCAGGCUCAUUUGGAAAUUUCCAGGUGGCUAGCAUAGGUAGAUCAAGCUAUUUUGAAAAGCUUUUUUCUACUUCCUUGAACUGCUUAGCAACUCUUUUAUAAUUCGACAUUAUGUAAAUUCUGUGGAUUCCUUUUAAAGACACGUGAACUAGCGAUGAGGUAAGUGAAACUUCUGCAUUUCACUUGAAGUGUUACUUGCUAUUAUUAAAGAGUCUUUAAGCCCUUUCUUCAGAUGUAUUUGUGAAGCUUAUGUACAGCAUUGAGCUUGAACCUGUAUUCACAAAACCAGGUUUUCUCUUGCAAGCAUACAUUUUUGGAUUAAAUGUGUGAACUUGGAAUUGUUUUUCCUCAUUAGCAUUUUUGCAGGGUGAUGAAAGACUUACGAAUGAAAGUGAUUUUCUGAAUAUCCAUCAAAUCGAAGGUAAACCGUGUCUUACAGCACUUUCAUACUAAAACUAUAUGCUAAUUAAACUUAGGCAAUCACCCCAAAUCGCUUGGCAGACCACAAAAGUAUACAUGUAAGUUAUAAACUCAAGGAGCUUUUUUCAAAGCUGCCUCUUCUCUCACUUCCUUUUAAAGCUGACAUUUUGCUUUAUUUAACAUUUUCUCCUCCUCUCCUGACUUUUUCUCAGCUCCUGGCCUUAGCAGUAAUAGCAUCUGAGCAAAUCUAGACGUUAAGACAGCAAGAAAACACCCUUGAGGCGGGGAAGGGGGAGUGUUUUCAUUGCUGCUGGAAUGAUGUGAGCCUCCUAAAAAGAGAGGCCUUGCACAUCAAGGUGGAAAACUGAGAGUAAGAAGGGGCCCGGGAGGUUCAUUUGGUAUUAUGAUCUGAGCUCUUAAUUAAACUGUUUGUUCCCUUUCUUAUAGAGGAAAAUAAUUAGCUAACUAUGAACCAUAAUGAACCAGAACUCAUUCAUGACCUCCGAAGAAGAAAACUCUAGGUCCAGAGGAUUUCACUGAUGAAUUCUACCAAACACUUAAGGAAGAAAUAACAAUUCUUCACAGUUUCUUCUAGAAGAUAAAGAGGCAAUACUUUGUAGCUCAUUUUAUAAAGGAAGUAGUAACCUCAUGUCAAAACAAGGCAAGACAGAAGUCACAGUCUUCUGUAACCUAACCACAGAAGUAACACCCCCAUCACUGUUGCCAUGAUCAUUUCAUUAUAAGAAACUGAAAGGGAAAUUAAUAUUGUUAGUAUUUCUUAUUCUGUUUGUUAGAGGCAAGUUAUUAUGAAAUAAUGCAAGAGGAAGGGAUUGUCCAAGGCUGUGAUUACUUGGGGACGUGAAUAUCAUGGGAGCCAUGUCAGAAGCUUGUAACCACAUGCCCUUUUUAGAUGACCUAAAAUAAAAAAUUCUAACAGUCUUGGAGUUCACACAGUAGAA